AUGAUCACAAUCUUAUCAAUCCACACCUCGUUCUACCCCGCGCCUUCCGUGGUUCCGUCUGCUCAUCGCGAUAGCGGAAUAAUCCUGGUUAAAUCUGUUCUCGGCUGGCGACUACAGUCGAAGCUCUCCCCCUCCCAGCUCGAAGAGCUCCAGCAGGCGACACACUUCGACAAAAAGGAGCUCCAACAAUGGUAUAAAGGCUUUCUGAAGGACUGCCCCUCGGGGAACCUGACCAAGGAGGAAUUCCAGAAGAUUUACCGGCAGUUCUUUCCCUUUGGCGAUCCGUCAUCAUUCGCCAAUUACGUCUUCCGAGUCUUUGAUUCAGAUAACAGUGGUCAGAUCGACUUCAAGGAGUUCAUCUGUGCGUUGUCGGUCACGUCGCGGGGCAAGAUGGAGGACAAGUUGGACUGGGCCUUCCAGCUGUACGACAUUGACGGAGAUGGAAAGAUUACCUACGAGGAGAUGCUGGCGAUCGUCGAGGCGAUCUACAAGAUGGUCGGUUCGAUGGUCAAAUUACCCGAAGACGAAGAUACCCCGGAGAAACGAGUGAAGAAGAUCUUCCGCAUGAUGGACAAGGACGAGAAUGGAAGCCUGGACAUGGAAGAGUUCAAGGAGGGCAGCAAACGCGACGAGACCAUUGUCAGCGCCCUGUCCCUCUACGAUGGACUGGUAUAG